GAUAAUGUAUACUUAAACUUAACAUUUAAUAAUAAUAUAAUUUAACUAUUUUAUACGUUUAUAUUAUAACGAACUGAUAACUUCGAAAAGUGUAGUUGUUGAUGACGAUGGACACAAGUAUCUAUAGUGUUUCACGUGGUGAUUAUAGUCACUAAGACGUGUAUUUUGUUAGACAAAUAGAAGACAUUUUAAGUGACGACGAACGGUGGGUCGACAAUCAAUUCGAACGUGAUCGGAAACGGCAAAAAAUGUCAAAUAGAAGUGGCCAACGGUUAAUGAGUUCCUAUCUUUACCUCUUGAAAAAAUAAUAGAGCUUAUAUCAUGGGAUGAUCUUGCUGUACCGUAUAAAGAAAAAAAAGCAUCUAACAAUGAUAUGGAUUCUAAACUCUAAAGAACACUUUUGCUUUGAAAAUAGGAACUUGCUUUCAACUGUUAUGAAAACAGAUAUUAUUGUCGAAGGUGACGGAGAUAGUAGCGUCAUGAAAAAACUACAUUUAGUUAAACCAUACGGAGAUGAUUUUGUAACAAAAGAAAUUGAAUGUUCCAAUCAUAUACUGCGCAAUUACGUAAAUAAAUUAAAAGAUAUUUCUAUUAAAAGGAGAACAACUAAAGUCGUAAAUAUUCCAAAAAAUAUAAGACAAGCAAUUAAAGAUAGAAUUCUUAGACUUAGGUGAUCUAUUAUGGGAAGCUAUUCUUACACACAUUUAUUUAAAUGUAAAAGUGAUCUGAUACAAAAUUUGAAUACAUACAAAUCAUAUAAAAUGAAUAAUAUGAUUACAAUUAUUAUUAUAACUUGUAUUUUUUAUUAAUUUAAAAAAAAUCAUUCAUUCAAAAUCAUUUAGCUUGUGGGCUAUUAAAAUAAAUUAAUGUAAUAAUGUUAUACAUUAAAGUAUUAAACAAUCAAACUGUUCAAAUGAAAUAAAAUAUCAUAGUCCUUCACUAACUAAACACCUAACUUGAGCCUUCACGUAUAAAACUUAAGCUUAAAAUAGUCUCUAGAGUACCUCCUAAGACCUUUCUUAAAAUUCACAUUCUUUCUAUUAAAUAAACUCAUUAUAUAGGUAUAAAUCAAUAAUAUGACUUAUAUGUAAGUACGGUACCUAUUAACAAUUGGAUAAUUAGUAUAUUAUAUUUAAUAAUAAUAGUAAUAAUAACUUUAUUUCAGAAAUAUUUA